CUUUAUAAGCAGCCAGCUACCUUGGUCUCUAAACCCCUUCAUUAGAACCCUGGCCACCCAUCUCAUCUUAAAGAAGAGAUGCUGAAGCCUAAUCUCCUCACAGCAAACAGUGCUCCCUUCCUCUUCUUCUCCCAUGGGUCCCUUCUUUCCAGCCACCGCUCCUCGCCGUUCAGGCUUCGGCCGGCGACGGUCAAGCUCCAAAAGAUAGGGAAGCAUGACUGCAUUCGUUGUGCUUCAGGGAAAGUUCAAUCUUCUUCAGUGGAUAGAGAUGCACCCAUCGGUCUUAGAGCGGUUGUUGCCGUCAAAAUGACGGUCGGAGGUUUACUGAGUAACCUCGGUCCCUCGCGUGCACUCGAUGACACUACUGAUCUGUUUGGUAAAAGUCUCCUCCUUGAGCUCCUGGCUGCCGAGGUCGAUCCAAAAACGGGACAAGAGAAGGCGACGAUUCAAGCCUACGCUCACAAGGGCAGCCAAGAUAUAGAUGACAUCAAGUAUGAGUGCGACUUUACGAUACCCAAGAGUUUUGGUGAAAUUGGAGCGGUUUUGGUGACAAAUGAGCACCAUAAUGAGAUGUUUCUCAAGGACAUCACAUUCAGCUCCGACGAUACCACCACCCUUACAAUAAGUUGCAAUUCGUGGGUGCAUUCCAAGUCCGACAAUCCAGAGAAGAGAAUCUUCUUCACCAACAAGUCUUACUUGCCUGCCCAAACUCCAAGCGGCCUUCGUAGGUCGAGGAGUAAAGAACUUGAAAUCAAGCGAGGUGAUGGCCAAGGAGAACGUAAGGAUUUCGAAAGGAUUUAUGACUAUGACGUGUACAACGAUCUAGGUGAUCCUGAUGCUGACGAGGACAAAGCUAGACCAGUCCUUGGUGGUAGCAAGAAAUAUCCCUACCCAAGGCGCUGCCGGACCGGACGCCCCAGAACACAGAAAGACCCUCUAUCGGAAACAAGGAGCAGCUCCAUGUACGUACCGAGGGAUGAGGCCUUCUCCGAAGUGAAAUCUUUACAGUUCUCGGGAAAGACGUUACGAUCUGUGCUCCAUGCGGUUAUUCCCUCGAUCCAAACUGCACUCAUCGAAAGUAAUCUCGGCUUUCCUUAUUUCACUGCCAUUGAUAAGUUAUAUGAUGAAGGCCUCACCUUGCCAAAGCAAGAAGGGCUUGGCCUCCUCCAAAGCAUUAUCCCUCGGUUGGUGAAGGUCAUUAGUGAUGGCACCGAUGACGUCUUGAAAUUUGAGCCACCAGCCAUGAUUGAAAAGGAUAAGUUUUCAUGGCUUAGAGAUGAAGAGUUCUCUCGGCAAACGUUGGCGGGUGUCAACCCUUAUGCCAUUCAGCUGGUUACGGAGUUCCCAUUGAAAAGCAAACUUGAUCCGCAGGUCUAUGGCCCUCCUGAGUCUGCUAUCAAUGUAGAGAUGAUUGAAGAAGAAAUAGGAGGCUUCAUGACAGUAAAAGAGGCACUCAAGCAAAAGAGGUUGUUUAUGCUGGACUACCACGACCUUUUCCUUCCAUUUGUGCACAAAGUUGAAGAGCUAGAAGGCACCACCUUGUAUGGAUCACGUACGAUCUUCUUCCUUACAAACAAUGGCACUCUGAGACCGCUUGCCAUCGAGCUCACCCGGCCAGCCUCCCCGCUCAAGCCCCAGUGGAAGCAAGUCUUCAUGCCUUGUUGGGAUGCCACUGGGGCUUGGCUCUGGAAACUCGCCAAAGCUCACGUUGGUGCUCAUGAUUCCGGCUACCAUGAGCUCAUCACCCACUGGCUAAGAACUCAUGCCUGCGUCGAGCCAUACAUCAUUGCAGCAAAUCGGCAGCUCAAUGCAAUGCAUCCGAUUUACCGACUCUUGCACCCACAUUUUCGCUACACCAUGGAGAUCAACUCACUUGCUCGGCAAUUCCUUAUAAGCGCAGCUGGGAUCAUUGAGUCAUCCUUCUCCCCACUCAAAUACUCCAUGGAGAUCAGCUCUGUCGCCUAUGACCAGUUCUGGCGCUUUGACAUGGAGGCCCUGCCAGCCGACUUGAUUCGGAGGGGAAUGGCGGUCGAAGAUCCGAUAGCUGAGCACGGGCUGAGGCUAACCAUCGAGGACUAUCCUUUUGCAACCGAUGGCCUUUUGAUCUGGUCUGCCAUCAAGCAGUGGAUCCAGGACUACGUCUCGCACUACUACCUGGACUCAAGCCAUGUGUUAGAAGACUACGAGCUCCAAGAGUUUUGGAAUGAGGUCAGGACCAAAGGCCAUGGCGACAAGAAAGACGAGCCAUGGUGGCCAAAAAUGGACAGCCCGGAGAACCUAAUCCACAUCCUGACCACCAUAACGUGGGUGGCCUCGGCACACCACGCUGCCGUCAACUUCGGCCAGUAUCAGUAUGGUGGCUACUUCCCCAACCGGCCAACCAUUGCACGCAUUAAGAUGCCGGUGGAGGACUUGCAAGAAGAUGAGUUUAUCAAAUUUUUGGAGAAGCCAGAAGUUGCUCUUUUACGGUGCUUUCCCUCUCAAAUUCAAGCAACGGUGGUGAUGGCGGUGCUAGACGUGCUAUCGAGCCAUUCGCCGGACGAGGAGUACCUCGGCGGGGAGCCAGAGUUGCCUUGGGUGCAUGAUCCGAUAAUUAAAGCAGCAUACGAGAGGUUCAAUGGAAGGUUGAAGGAGAUUGAAGGAAUUAUUGAUGAACGGAAUGCAGAUCCAAAACUUAAGAAUAGGUUUGGGGCGGGCACAGUUCCUUACGAAUCCAUGAAGCCUUUCUCUGAGCCUGGGGUCACAGGGAUGGGAAUCCCUAACAGCAUUUCCAUUUGAAAUUAAUUAAAAUUGAUAUUACUUCACCUAUCUUUGUGACUUCAGAGAAGAUCAAUUGUCUACGAAAUUUAAAAUAUAAUGCUGUAGUAAACAAAGGCUAGAAUACAAUGGUGGGACUUAUAUUUGACAAUGUUAUAUCUCCUAGAGUCUAGUACGUGGACGGCGUUGCAAUUUUCAAAUUAAUUUGAUGUCUUUUUUUUCAUGGGCUGCCUGUAAUAGGGUUGAGCUUUGACGUUUGCAUUGGAUACAACCUCCUACCAUUUCA